AUUCAUAGUUGACAGAGACUGUGACAUUCAUGUAUCUCUCCUCAAUUUGAACUUCUGAUCAUCGUAACACUUCAUUUUUUAUCAAAAUUAUGUAGGAAUUACGAACUUUCGAGAUUUAGAUGAAUAUCGUAAACCUUAUAUAAGUUUAAUUGUAUGAGAUACAAAUACCAAUGUUGAUGACAACCAAUCAAUAUUGCUCUGGCUGCAACCGAGCCGAUCCAUCAACUACGUAGAAAGAUGAAUAGUGGAGAUGUGUCUUCAUCUUUGCAUAUUAGCUUCUCUCAUAAAAAACCUAAUCGGCCGUCUGGUAGAUGAGAUUGCAGACUGCUUCGCGGCCGUCAAGGCAUUCAUCUACUACCGACUCUGCUGCUGUUGCUGCAAAGAUGACGUGGAUGAUACGGCUCCCAACGAAAAUGCCACCAACAACUCCGAUGCUUGGCAGCAUGCUCAACAGGGAGACAAGAACAAUAGUAACGUGGAUAGCUUAUUAUUAUCGUUGAGAAGAUAUCAUUGGUUUCACAAAGUGGAUAGAGAAACAGCUCAUCGGAUGGUGCGCUCAGGUGGUCAAGGCUGCUUCAUGGUGAGACCAUCCGAAUCAGGACAAAGUCCUAUAGCAUUGACCGUGUGGCACGAGGGUCGGCCCUAUAAUGUCUUCAUUCGCAUCCGAGAUGAUAACUGUGUUGCUUUGGGGUCAGCCAAGUAUCAUGAAAUGGUUUUCCCAAACGUUGAAAGCCUUAUACGCUAUCACCACGUAGAAGAAUUGAUACUCAUGUCGAAUAAAAGAAAAGCAGGAAAAACGCUUCUGAUUUGUACUCCAAUGAAGAGUCGAUUUGAAGAUGUGUGAUAAAAUGAAGACAAUGAUGAAUACAACGUUGUACAAAAGCAGUUUGAUAGUAUUUAACCAUAACAGAAUGGUUUGUAAGGAUCUAUUGUCUGAGUGAACGAAUCUUUUGGUGACCUGGAAUCACGAUAAGAAUUAUUUUGUGAUAUGUAAUGUGAAAGUGUUUCUAAUUAGUUUUCUGUACAGAAUAUUGUAAAAGUAAUAGGUUCUUGGUUCUUUGCUUUUGCGAUACAUAUCGUCUGAAAGGAAUCCUCUUCCCGAUUUCUCAUUAAAUGGGAAAUACAUAAAAAUGCCCUAUAUCAUAGACUAUUUUUCAAUAGAAACGUUUGACCGUGACUUUUAUUUGAAAUAAGAUGGUAUUUAGGAUAGAUGAAUCAUUUAAAAAUGUGUAUAGUGAUUAUUGAAUAUUAGCCGGUUAAAUUUGAAUCGUGAUUAAUUCCACGAGAACCAAUCAGAGAAAAGAAGGGUUCUCUGAUUUAUUAUUCUCGUGAAAUUAUCAGGAUAAAAAUUCAACCGGCUUUUGUGCAACCAACACUGACAGUAUUGUCUAGGGUAGAAAUAUCAGAAGAGUGAAAAUU